AUGGAUAUAAGUGAAUCGGGAAAAAAGAGGAAGCUUGACAUACAAGAACUUGAGGAGAUCCGAAAUGAGGCAUAUGAGAAUGAAGUUCUUUACAAAGAAAGAACAAAAGCAUACCAUGACAAGAUGAUUUCACGCAAGGUAUUUGAAAAAGGUCAAAAGGUAUUACUCUACCAUUCUCAUUUUAAAUUGAUUCCUGGUAAAUUAAGGUCCCGUUGGGUGGGACCAUUUGUUGUCACUAUUGUUUUUGAGCAUAAUACAAUAGAAAUCACAAGUGAGAAAACCGGGAAGAUUUUUAAGGUAAAUGGUCAUCGUUUGAAGCCUUAUUAUGAAGGAUUUCAAGUAAAAAAUGAAAAAGUCGAGGAAGUAACGGGUCCAAAGUACCAAGAUUGA